AUAAAGAUGGCAGCGCCCUGUCUAGUUUUACAAUUAUUUUUAGCCGGUGUAUUUCUUGUGAAUAGACACACGCAUUCAGCUACUGUUAGGGUGUUCACAGAAAAUGAAAUUACAAAAUACAGGGAGAGAGUGUCGCGAAUGUUCCAUCAUGCAUAUGAUAGCUAUAUCCAAAAUGCUUACCCUUACGAUGAAUUACGCCCUUUGACCUGUGACGGGUUCGACACUUGGGGAAGUUUCUCUCUGUCUCUCAUCGAUGCCUUGGACACACUCGCAGUUCUGGGUAACUACAGUGAGUUCAGACGUGUGGCCCACCUACUCAUAGACAAGGCCAACUUUGACAUUGAUGUUAAUGUGUCUGUUUUUGAGACAAACAUCAGAGUGGUUGGAGGUUUGCUGUCCGCACAUCUGCUUUCUCACAGAGCCGGCAUGCAGCUAGAAGACGGAUGGCCUUGCUCCGGGCCUCUGCUGCGGCUCGCUGAGAAUGUUGCAAACAGGCUCCUUCCGGCGUUUGACACCUACACUGGGAUGCCAUAUGGGACAGUAAACCUGCGUCACGGUGUCCCAAGUGGGGAGACGACGGUGACCUGCACUGCUGGUGUCGGCACAUUCAUCGUUGAGUUUGGCUCCCUGAGCCAGCUCACUGGCGACCAGAGGUUCCAGUAUGUUGCGCUGCAAGCCCUGAAGGCCCUUUGGAAGUACAGAUCUAAUGUUUCAUUGGUUGGCAAUCACAUAGAUGUGCAGUCGGGCGAGUGGACAGCAUCGGAGGCAGGCAUCGGUGCUGGAGUCGACUCCUAUUUUGAAUAUUUAGUCAAAGGUGCCAUUAUGUUCCAGAAGCCCGAACUCAUGGAUCAGUUUAGAGAAUACUAUGGUGCUAUUCAGCGAUACCUCAACAGAGAUGAUUGGUACUUCUGGGCUAGCAUGGACAAGGGUCAGAUCACGCUGCCUGUCUUUCAGAACUUGGAGGCAUUCUGGCCUGGAUUACUUACACUGGUCGGUGAACUGGAUCAGGCAAAGAAGUCCCUGCAUAAUUACCAUCAGGUGUGGAAACAGUUUGGAUUCACGCCCGAGUUUUAUAAUGUGCCUACAAACGAAGCUCGCAAAAACCGGGAGGGUUAUCCACUCAGACCAGAGUUAAUCGAGAGCACCAUGUACUUGUACCAGGCAACGAGGGACCCUGUCCUACUGCAGGUUGGGGUUGACAUCCUCGAGUCAAUUGAACACAGCGCAAAGACGUCAUGCGGAUACGCGACGAUACACAAUGUUAAUACUCACUCGCUGGAUAACCGAAUGGAGUCAUUCUUCCUGUCAGAGACAACUAAGUACCUGUACCUGCUUUUUGAUCCAGACAACUUUAUACAUAAUACAGGUUCGCAGGGCACAGUAAUACAGACGGCGGGUGGGGAGUGUGUGAUCGAUGCAGGCGGUUAUAUAUUCAACACAGAGGCACACCCAUUAGACAUGGCUGCCGUCUACUGCUGCAGCACGCAGAAAGCACAGGAUGACGUGCUUCUACAGGAGUUUCAUGACCAGUUGGAUCUGCUGGCUCUACUGGACCUCACCGACAGCAAGUAUAAGAAAAGGUUCCGCAAAGCCAAGCAAGAGGAGCAGGAACAGGAUACAGUCGACAGAAUUCUGUCUCUUAUCACAACAGGUGACGUGUUCAAGCAUAAGCAGGGCACGUUGCAGCGUAACAUGGGCCCAGGCGUCGGAACAAUUGAGCAGGUGGCACUGGACGACGACGAAGAUAUGGUAGAUGGUCGCGGUGCCAGGGAAACAACCAACGUCACCGAAGCUGAUACCGGCGAUGACACAUUGGGCGAAUUGGGCAAGAACUUUGAUACACACGGAAUAAGCUCAGGUGGCAUUGAUGGGUCACCUGGUGUAGAUGUUGGUGGUGGAGCAGAAAUGCCCGGUCCUCACGACGAAGACGGUGAAAAGGAAACGGUAGAUAGUAUUACGCAGGAAACAGUAGAACACCAGAUGGAAGAGCUAAAGAGGAGGAUCGUCAUGCAUACUGACACUGUCAGACAGAUGACUGGAACAAAAAUUGCUGGAUAUGGAGCCGAUCGCCAUGAGGUUGUUAAUUUGGACGCAAAAUUGCAGGAUGGGCAGAAGCAGCAACAACAGCAGCAGCAACAGCAGCAGGAGCAGAAAGACAUACAGGCAGAAGGCAAGGAUCCACAGCUACAUCCAGACUCGCACAGCACUUCGGAAGAAACAGUAGAUUCCUCAAGUACUGUCCGACCAGAUGGUGUAACUAAGCAGCCUUCCGACUUAGAGAAGGUGCAGGCAGCGGAAGUCAGCAAAUCGCUCAGGACUCUCGAGCGAUUCAACGACUUUCUGACAGAGAUGAUUGCGAAGCUGGAGAUGGGAGGAAGUGUGUCUGCGGACGAUCAGGCUGUGUUAAUGGGAAGGAAGCCCUUACUAGAUGACGCUGCUCACAGUGGCGCCCCCGAUUGGACAACUCUGCUGCGUCCGUACGCGGAUGUGGACCAGAUUGUGCGCACCGGCAGCUCAGGUCACACAGAGGAAGGCGACGAGUUGUGGCUGAACAGGCUACUCAGCCAGGGGGCGCCACGGCGACCGCGUAGCCGGCAAAGUUCACUCACUUGCACCUCACAAAAGUUUUCCUCCCGGCUGUCACACAUGGGUCAGAUGUUUAAUGACUGACCGCUUCCAUUUCUUUCCCUUCUUGUCUCGAGUACUACCACCAUCUAGCUUGUACUAACUUAAGAAUGGCAGUGCCAUUCUAACGGGGAAAUUCGCGACCAAAGAUUGUUGUAUGGCCUAUAUUACAUUCAGUCUACGUUUCCGUUGAAACGCAUUAGACGGGGUACAGAGUGUUCGUGUCUAUCACCCAUCCAGAAAUUUGCUUGAGUCGUUCCCGAGUUAAGUAUUUGGAAUAGGAGUACAGGUGAAAACUGAAGCAUAUUAAGCUAUCGUGCAUUUAACUCGUCUCCCAUUCGUGGCAUUGAUGGCAGCAGUUUCACAAGGUUCGAAGCUGUAUUGCAGGAAACUCAGUUCAACUUAGGACUCCACCAGGACUAAUGUUCUCUUCCUGCCUGCUAGUAUCAAUGGACAGACCAGCACGGUGUUGUGACCAUGACCUCGUGAAGCAGGAGGAUAAAUGAAUAACAACAACAACAACAACAAGUAUGCCAGUACUGCCGGAACUACAAAGCGGAUGAAAAAAUCUUGGAGACAUUCUAGUCGAUGCAGAGAUAGAGGAAGAAUUCCACACACUGUAUUAUGAUGACGUCUACCUAGAUUACAAUAGGCAGUGUUUUUGUGUUGCUUUGAUCAUACAUGUUUUCAAUGCCUUUGUGCCAGUAAUGAGUGUGAUAUAACAACAUGGCUUGCAAUGGUAAAUAUAAUAACACAGAAUAGAGUAUCCCAUUAUUACACGCCCACCAUGACUUAGUGCUCAGAAAUGGACUGUAAGUUUCUCACAGUAUUUGUUUCGGAACUAGUACAGCUUCUUUGUCAUUGCUCCUGCUUGUUAAAACUGUCUUCUCAUGAAUGGUUGUUGGCUGAAAUGUGCUGGCUAAUGCACCUGUAGUGGGUGGCCAUGGUUAUCAUUGAGAAUAGGGCUAAUUGCAAGAGAUUCUUAUAUGGUGAAGUUGUGUGAUAAAAAUUAGGGUGUUAUGUUAAUGCUCAUGUUGUCUCUGUUAUAUCUGUGUGAACUUCAUGUGUCCAUGAUAUAGUAGGAUUAUAUUUGUUGGGUUUCAUCAUAAAUAUACAUAUAGUUACGUAUAUAUAUUAUUUUUAUUGUUGGAAAAUAUAAUAUUUUUAUUUAUAUA